AUGUUCUCUCUUUCUAUUCAAAGAGCUCCUUUGCUUGUGUUUUCAAGAAGAUUUAUUUCCACCAGUUUCAGCGUCUGGAACCAGAAUUCAGACUCAAUCCCGGAAGAUCAACCAUCUCUGUCAUUGAAGAAAGUGAGAGACGCAAGUAAGCCAAAGCCCCCAAGGUCUGCUUAUCAAUCAUACAUCAGUCACAGAUUUGCAACGAAUCAAAUCACUGGCAAAAAGGCACCUGAAUUGAUGGCAACUUUUGCCAAAGAUUGGGCCUCCGGGUCCGAUGAAAUCAAGCAAUCAUUUAUCGAGGCACAUAAAAAGUUGAAAGACCAGUAUACAGAAGAACUAGAAGCGUGGAAAGAGAAACAUCUUGUCCGUUCCCCCUACAUUAAUUUUAUCAGGUCUGAAUAUCCUAAGAGAAUUACUACCGACUUUCAAUCUAAUAGCGCCAUUAUUAAAGAACUAGCCGAGGACUGGAACUCUCUUACACCAGAGGAAAAGGAAUCAUAUAGAUCCAAAUGA